AUGUCUAAUGUUCCCGACCUACAAUCUAUAGCCGCUGAUCCAAGGAGGGCGUUGGUAGUUCGAGGAAAAGUCGAGCUUCGGCCCCCUAUCUCCAGUGCUGUAUGGACGUCUGACGAAUCUAUAUCCUAUCAAUUGAACGCAAAGUGUCAAGAUUUCAUCACCCGGUAUCUUGGACGAAGUCUCCUCACCCCCGAUGACCCCAAUAUGAGACAUGUCAAUCGCAGACUUUUAAGGCUAGCCUUCGCCAACCCAUAUUUGAUGCACGCCUCUCUAGCUGUGGCACUUACAUACGACCGCUAUCUAAAUAGAUCAUUAGGCAGCCCUCGCAGUCUAGAAGAAUGCUACCACUGGUCUCAAAGUACAGCUCUCCUUAACAAGCGACUAAGCGAGCCAAUUGAAACGAAAGACAAAGAUCCAAUCUGGGGCACUGCAGCUGCUCUGGCUAUGUUGACUUUCUCAUCCCCUGACGCAUACACCCCAGAACAAUCGUGGCCUUUGAAGUCUUCUGACCACUUAGAUUUGGACUGGUUGCGCAUGCUCAAUGGGAAAAUGUCACUGUGGCACAUUAUGAACCCACUACGAUCGGACAGUCUGUUCCGUGUCAUGGCGGCGACUUAUGCUGAUAUCAACUCACCCUUGCCAGAGAGCGGUGUAGAUGGUAUACCAAGGGCCUUGGUUGCCGUCUGUCGCCUCACAGACUCAUCCACGUCCAAUAACAACGCGUAUUUCAAUGCUGCCCACGCAGUAUCCCAGAUCCUGGAUCACCCGGAUAGCGAAGUCACGACAGGUCAAACCCAGGUUUUCACGCGCAUCAUUAGUGGUCCUUUCGAAGACUUGCUCCGGGAAAGGGACCCUGUAGCGCUGUUGUUGCUGUACCUGUGGUACUGCAAAACAGGUCGCAGUAUAUGGUGGAUUGAACUCAGGGCUAAAGUGGAAUGUCCUUCUAUUUGCUCGUAUUUACGGCUAUAUCACAAAGAGAAUAUCGCGCUACAGGCGUUUCUUCCAGGAGGGGCUCUGGCUGACAGAUGGAGUUAG